CUCUCUGGUACCCGGUGGGCGGAAUAGGAGUUUUGUGUGUUUUCGAUCGGUCGGCGAAGUAACGUGUACUUGCGAGAAAGUCUUGAGCUUCGAUAUCAAGACUGCACCUCCCCCCGAGUAAUUCCUCUGACAAAAAAAACCAGUGAACAACGAUUCAUUGAUUUAGCAACGAUUGAAUUGCAGCGAAUCAGAGACACUCGUAACUAUGCUUCCUAAAAUCAUCGCACUUCUCAUCACAUUUUUAACAUAUCAAAGCGAGGUCAUCGCUCACGACGAUGACGUUCACACUCUUCAAUAUUCGGCGGAAACCUUCCCUGUUGAGAUAGCCAAGAAAGAUCAUUUUAUCAUGUUUUACGCUCCUUGGUGCGGACACUGCCAGCGACUGGCACCGACAUGGGAACAAUUAGCUGAAAUGCUCAAUGGAAUUGACGAUGGUCAAGUUCGAAUUGCCAAAGUCGAUUGUACUGUGGAUGCAACCAUCUGUUCGGAUAAUGAUGUGACUGGAUAUCCGACUCUCAAGUUCUUUAAAGCCGGCGGAAGCAAAGGUAUCAAGUUCCGUGGGACUCGAGACUUACCCACCCUGACAACAUUCAUCAACGAGCAAAUUGGAAGCGUUCCAGUUGAAGAGAAUAACGAGCCAGCUGUACCACAACCCGUCAACGGACUAUUGGAAUUGUCCGAACAUACAUUUGACAAACACGUAUCCACCGGAAAGCAUUUCGUCAAAUUCUACGCACCAUGGUGUGGACAUUGCCAAAAGUUAGCACCCACUUGGGAUGAACUCGCAAACAGUUUCGCUCAUGGCGAUCUAGUCAGUAUCUCUAAAGUGGAUUGCACCCAGCAUCGCUCAGUUUGUGGUCAAUUCGACAUUAAAGGCUAUCCGACUCUGCUCUGGAUUGAGGAUGGCAAAAAGAUCGACAAAUACACGGGGCAGAGAUCUCACGAAGAGUUGAAGACUUACGUGUCAACGAUGCUAGGCAAAAACGUGGAGAGUAGUGACGAGGAAAAGAAAGAGUCUGGAGGUCCGUCGGACGCGGUGUUCACGUUGACUGGUGAGAGUUUCAAGAAUGGUAUUGAGAAGGGUGUAACAUUCAUUAAGUUUUUCGCACCAUGGUGCGGACACUGCAAGCGUUUAGCUCCGACCUGGGAAGAGCUUGGAAAAAAAUUCUGGGCGAACGAAAAUGUGCACAUAGUUAAGGUCGACUGUACUAUGAACAGUAGCAAACAGCUUUGCAAUGAGCAGGAAGUGGACGGCUUUCCAACUCUCUUCCUGUACAAGGACGGCCGAAAAUUGUCCGAGUACAACGGAUCGCGCACAUUGGACGACCUUUACGAAUUCGUCAUGAACCAUAUACAGUCCCGCGACGAACUAUGAUCAUGUUUUGUGACUCAAACAUAUGUUGGUACUUACGGUUUUUAUCGGUGGGAGUUUACGAGCGGUUUCUGAUUCGUAGAUGAAAUCGGCUCGCGUAAUUGAUCUGAAUGAUACUUUCUAUUUAAAAAAAAAAUUUUCGUCAUAUUUUGCAAACUUGUUUCAUGACAAUCUGCCACAGCGUAUCGUAUUAGUAAGGCGUUUUGUUAGAGCUUCUAACAUGUCGCCUUGCAAGACACUUAUUAUAAAACGAAAACUUGCCUAGAAAUUGAAUCAUAACCGGCCCAUGCCGUGAUGUGUCAGAAUGCGAACUGUUGACAAUACGCUCCAAUACGAAGAGACGUCAUUGGAGGAAAACUAAGUUGAAAUAGUAAACUGGUACGUCAAUUCUGGUUAUCAAUUUCUAUGGAUCAACAUAAUUAUGUCACCUGAAAUAAACACAACUUGUAUUAGUACAUGUGAAAUAUUUUGUUCCCUUGAGUUGAUAAUACAUUAACUGAUAUUCUUACAAAUCCGAUAAAUCGCGAUCAAUUAAUAAGAUUUGUUUCUAUUCUUGCGUCAACAUCGCGUAUAGAAGAAGUUUUCAGAGCUUUCAACAAGAACAACUGGUACCCAUUUUUAGUCAGAUUUGAAGUCAUUUGUUUGAGGUAAGAUGUGAGCUUCCGUUGUCCAACUUAUAUCAUAAUGUGCAUGCAGCAGUUUCGAUUCACAUACUCGAAAGAAACUGUUGAAUUAUUCCUUUUAGUCUGUAUACAUACUUAUGUUUAGUUGGUAAGCAUUACAAUUGAGCCUGUAAUGUACAUUUGUAAAAACGAGAAAUGAAUACUGAGUAUAAAUAUUGUGUUUAUAAUUAAUUGCCUGUGUUGAGUGGAUUAUUAAAAUGGUUCGAUAUUAAA